AUGGAGAACGACUUGAACCCAGUGCAGGAGGACGAGGGCCCCAACGCAGUGGCCCAGUUAGCCAGGAAGAUGCAGGGAGCUGGGACCAAGAGCUGGAACAGACUCUCCACUUUAUUCAGCCAAGAGGAUGAGCAGGAGCUGCUGGAGGAGACGGAGAGUCCUCCAGUCCCCGACCAUCCUCUGGCCGUGAAGCCCGAGGAGCCUCCUCGACCCUCGCGCCGCACUGCAUUCUGGGACAGCUUUGCCACAAACUGGGCAGCCAAGAAACAGGCGGAGGCUGCAGCAGCCAAUGAGGCGGCAGCAUCAGGGCAGGAGGGGGAGGGGGUGGAGGAGGGAGGGGGGCAGCAGUCCCAGGACCCCCCCAUCUCCGAGGAGACCCAAGAAGAGGGCGGAGCCACAACCAACAGAUUCUCCAAAUAUGUGUCUCUGGGGGGCGGGGCCGGGGGCGGGGCCAGCGGCAGCGAGGACGCCUCCUUCAAGUGGAACUUUGUCACCAGUAAACUGGCCGACCUGAAGACCAAGAGCAUGACCAAGACCAACUAG